CGAGCCACAGAGAGGAGAUGAAGGUGCUCCCUGCCUCUGGCCUCGCUGUCCUCCUCGUCACAGCUUUGAAGUUUGCCACUGCAGCCCCCACCCUAUUUGCAGCCACCCUUAGGAGCUCGAGGAACAACCACCACCUCGCACAGGCAUACCUGGACAAGUAUUAUACGAAGAACGGAGUCCACCAGGCUGGAGAGAUGGUGGCAAGAGGAGGCAAUUCCAUGGUCAAGAAGAUUAAGGAGCUGCAAACAUUCUUUGGCCUUCAAGUCACCGGGAAGUUGGACCAGAACACAAUGGAUGUGAUCAAGAGGCCUCGCUGUGGAGUUCCUGAUGUGGCUAACUACCGUCUCUUCCCAGGUGAACCCAAAUGGAAAAAAAAUAUUUUGACAUACAGAGUAUCCAAGUAUACCUCCUCCAUGAGUCCUCCCGAGGUAGACAAGGCCAUAGAGAUGGCCCUGCGUGCCUGGAGUACGGCGGUCCCUCUGAGCUUCAUUAGAGUAAACUCAGGAGAAGCAGACAUCAUGAUAUCCUUUGAAACCGGAGAUCAUGGGGAUUCCUAUCCAUUCGAUGGGCCUCGGGGGACUCUGGCCCAUGCAUUUGCACCUGGAGAAGGCCUGGGAGGAGACACGCAUUUCGACAAUGCCGAGAAGUGGACUAUGGGGAUGAAUGGUUUCAAUUUAUUUACCGUCGCUGCACAUGAAUUUGGCCAUGCCCUGGGCCUGGCCCACUCCACAGAUCCAUCAGCACUGAUGUACCCAACUUAUAAGUACCAGAACCCCUUCAGAUUCCACCUCCCCAAGGAUGACGUGAAAGGGAUCCAAGCAUUGUACGGACCCCGGAAAACAUUCCCAGGAAAACCCACUGUACCCCAUGUCCCCCCACACACACCAUCCAUACCCGACCUCUGUGACUCCAGUUCGUCCUUUGAUGCAGUGACAAUGCUGGGAAAUGAGCUUCUGUUUUUCAAGGACAGGAUUUUCUGGAGACGGCAGGUGCAUGUGCCAGCAGGGAUUCGGCCCAGCACCAUCACCAGCUCCUUCCCCCAGCUCAUGUCCAACGUGGAUGCCGCUUAUGAAAUGGCUGAGAGAGGCAUUGCUUUCUUCUUCAAAGGUCCCCACUACUGGAUAACACGAGGGUUCCAGAUGCAAGGUCCUCCUCGGACCAUCUAUGACUUUGGGUUCCCAAGGCAUGUGCAGCGAAUAGAUGCUGCUGUCUACCUCAAGGAGCCUCAGAAGACCCUUUUCUUUGUGGGAGAUGAAUACUACAGCUAUGAUGAGAGAAAAAGGAAAAUGGAAAAAGACUACCCAAAAAACACCGAAGAAGAAUUCUCCGGAGUGAGUGGCCAAAUAGAUGCUGCUGUAGAAUUAAAUGGCUACAUUUACUUCUUCUCAGGACCAAAAACAUUCAAGUAUGACAUGGAGAAGGAAGAUGUGGUGAGCGUGGUGAAAUCCAGUUCCUGGGUUGGCUGCUAAACAGAAAGAUCUAUUCUUUCCUGAGGAACGAGAAUGACUGUGAGCAGCUGAUAACUGGGUUACGGUCUGAGCAGGAGAAUGCAGAGGAGGCUUCUCCCAGCCCUCAGUUCUAAGGGUGAUUUAGGUUCACUGAAAAAAUAAUGCUUCCAUUAUUGUCCUAAUUAUGUACUCAGAAUUUUAAUCCA